AAGCUGAAAAAAGAACAAGGGUUUUGACAAAAUCGAAAGUGACAUUCCCACCCCCCAAAAAAAAAAUGUCAACCCUGAAUUCUUAUAAAAAGCUACGCCCAAUAUUUGUUUAAACAUCUGCGCAUCUUAACCAACUUCUAUGGUUCCAAUAGUACAAAAGAUAGCUUCUUCUUGUGUCUAGGGGAGACAGCGAGCUCCCGAGAUAAUGACCAACAUGGUAAUAAGCGAUGGCAGCAAAUACAACAAGGCAAAAAAGGGUAAAGAAGAAGAAGAAGAAGAAUGGGGAUAUCACUUUUUCUUGUUUUAUCAGCAAGACAAUACCAAAUUUCCUUUGAUUGUAUUCGGUAGUGGAAUGUUUGGUAAGGAUAACGUAAAGUUAAAAGGACUUGGAUGCGGUGUCGUCGGCAAACUCUAUACAUCAUCAAAGAAACGUGAGGCUGAAGGUCAGUUGAUUGCUAUUACAAUUGACGAAUUUAAAACCUCGAAAACACGCAACCUCUGUUUCUUUGAUGAUUUAAAAAUUAUCAGUACGAAAUCGUUUAAAGGUGUAGUCGUUGUAUGUUGCAAACGAUGCUCCAAAGUAUGGCAAAGAGAUUCUAACGCAGCCAACAACAUGAUGACGAUUUCAAAGUCAAUUUGGAUUCAGAUUGUUACAGGUAGACAAGUGUUAUUUAUUUCCAAAUCAUCUAAAAACUAA